GCUGAUUGGAGCCACGACUCUGAGCGAGUACAAACUCUACUUGGAAAAAGAUGCGGCUUUUUGCCGCCGCUUCCAAAAGAUCCUCGUCGAGGCCCCCAGCAAAGAAAGAACCUUAAGCAUCCUGCGGAAGGUGAAGGGGAACUACGAGGCGCACCACUCGCUGCAGAUUCCGGAUUUGCUGCUGUCGCAAAUAGUGCAGCUGAGCGACCAGCUGCUGAAGCGCCGGGCCUUUCCUGAUAAGGCUCUGGACCUGCUGGACGAGGCCUGCGCCUUUCGCCGCGUCCGCCACAACAGCAGACGCGCCGAACUCGCGCUGCUGCUGCAGCAGCAGCGCGACGGAAAAACACACUUCGCCGAAGAAGAGCUGGCGGCGCUGCAGGCGGAGUAUGCAGAAAUGACAGAGCCAACUGAAGAGCGGCCGGACCCGGAAGUGCUGGAGCUGCAGAUGGACGACGUGGCGCAUGUGUUGAGCUUGUGGACUGGCAUUCCAGUGGGGCGAAUGACAGAAGAUGAGGCGACGCGGGUACUGAAGUUGGCGGAUUUGCUCAGCAAACGGGUGAUAGGGCAAGACGAGGCGGUGCAGGCGGUGGCGAACGCAAUUCGAAACCACCGAGCUGGACUUUCCGAAGACAAAAAGCCCAUCGGCGCUUUCCUCUUCCUCGGCUCUUCAGGGGUGGGCAAGACGGAGCUGGCGAAGGCGUUGGCGGAGGAAAUAUUUCACUCCGAAAAGAACUUAAUCAGACUGGACAUGGUGGAAUAUCAAGAAGCCCACAGCAUUUCGCGGCUGAUCGGCCCGCCGCCGGGCUACAUGGGCAACGACGAGGGCGGGCAGCUCACGGAGGCCGUGCGCCAAAAGCCCCACAGCGUGGUGUUGUUCGACGAAGUCGAAAACGCGCACAAGAACUUGUGGUCUUUGCUGCUGCCGAUGCUGGACGAGGGGCACCUGACGGACACGAAGAGCGUGCGGGUGGACUUCACGAACACAAUAAUAAUAAUGACUUCGAACAUCGGGCAGCAGUUUAUUCUGGAGGGCUACAGAGAGGCGCGGCAAAUGGCGGAGGGGGCUGUGGCCCCUUUGGCGCAUUUCAACAAAGACAAAAACAGCCUGGAGAAGUUCGCGCUGGCGAAGGCGGGCGCAGCAGCAGCAGCAGCAGCAGCAAGCAGCCAGGAGGCCAAAGACAAGAAGGCUGCCUCUGCUGCUCAGGCCGUCAGCAAGAAGAAAAACGAACAGUGGAACUUGGGAAACUCUCCCAAGGAGGUCCUCGCCAAAAUGCGGCAGAAAGUCAUGCAGGAAGUCCUGGGAUACUUCAAGCCCCAAGUCAUUGGCCGCAUGACCAAGAUUGUCAUUUUCGAGCCGUUGAGCGACAGCGCAAUGCGCGGAGUUCUGGACUUGAUGUUCACUCAUUUGACGAAAGAAUUGAAAAAAAGAGGAAUUACUUUGGUGGUUUCGGACUCCGCAAAAGGAUUUAUUCUGGAGAGGGCCUGGUCGCACAAGUUCGGCGGCCGGCGGAUGGCGAAGUACAUCGAGAAGUACGUCACUGCGAAAGUCGCCCCACUUAUUCUUUCUGCAAAACUCAAAAGAGGCCACAAGGCCGAACUCAAACGCGCCCCCAACCAGCCCAACCAGCUCAACCUCAUCAUCUGCGAAGAAGACGAAAACGGGGGCUGCGUGCCCGGCACCAAACACGGGCGGGUGCUGGUGGUGCAGGCGGCGAAGGCAGCUGUGGCGGACGGGGAGGAAGAAGACCCCAUGAUUUGA